AUGUUUUCAAGCAGUGACGAAAGUGAUUUCGAAGAUUACUAUCGAGGAAGAAGACCCCGAAUUUUUCGAGAACGAAUAAAUUUCGAGUUAAUGUCUUAUCAUUCCUUUAAUGAAAAGUUUCGGAUUAGUUUUUCAGUUUGUGAGGAAUUGUUGAGAUACAUUGGACCAUCAUUGGAACAUGAAACCAAUCGAAACCAUGCUCUCUCGGCCAAGCAACAGAUUUUGAUAGGACUUCAUUGGCUUGGAAACGGUGGUCAAUAUCACGGAGUAGCUGAUAUGCAUGGAGUCUCAAAGGCAACAGUGUGCCGUGUAGUUAAAAAAGUUGUGAAUGCUAUCAAUGAACGAGUAUUUCCAGACAAGGUUAAGUGGCCGAGAAACACUGCUGAUGUGGUCGAAAAGUUUUAUUCUAUUGCUGGUAUGCCGAAUGUAGCUGGAUGCAUUGAUGGCACAUUGAUAAAAAUAGAUGCUCCAAGGGAGCAUGAAGACCGUUUUGUAGAUCGACAUGGAAAUCACUCCAUCAACUGCAUGCUUGUUUGUGGACCUGAUUUAAACUUUUAUUACGUUAGUGCAAGAUGGCCAGGAAAAGUUCAUGAUGCAAGAGUUUUGAGAAACAGUGAGCUUUUCUCUAAGAUGAAUUCAGGUUGGAGGCCACAUCCACGAUCAAUUUUGCUAGGUGAUUCGGGUUAUGGAUGUACAGAUUGGUUGAUAACACCCAAAAACAAUAUCACGAAUGAUGAGGCAGUACAGAGGUUCAACCGCGCUCAUAAGUCGACAAGGCGCCUUAUAGAAAAUGCUUUUGGUGUAUUAAAAGAAAAAUUCCCUUGUCUACAAAAAUUGAGGGUGAACCCGAUUUAUGCAUGCAACAUAGUUAAGGCUUGUGCUACUAUUUGCAAUUUGACCUCAAACACUUUGAGUGAAAUUGGAAGUGAAAAUGAUGAAGAAGAUGACAAUUCCUCAAGAGAAGAAAUAGAACCUGAUACACAAAGUGGUUUAACUAGAAGAGAUGAAAUAAUUAACUUGUUCAGACAAUAG